AUGAACUCUUUCACUCCGGCAGACUUUGACCUCACUUUCCUGGAGGAGGGGAUUUGUGCCCAGGACUUCAUUGAGACGAAGAUGAAUGAGUCAUCCAUGUUGGAAUCUGAAGAUGCCUUCUACGUGGCAAACCUGGGGGACUUGCUGCAGGAGCACCGGAGGUGGGUGCGAGCCAUGCCUCGCAUCAUACCCUUCUACGCCGUCAAGUGCAACGACUGCCGUCCUGUUGUCAUGACACUUGCCACCCUGGGGACAGGGUUCGACUGCUCCAGCAAGGCUGAGAUCCAGCUGGUGAAGUCUCUCGGAGUGGACUCCAGCAGGAUCAUCUACGCCAACCCCUGCAAGCAGAUAUCCCACAUGAAGUACGCCUCUGCCCACGGGGUCCAGAUGACGACUUUCGACAGCGAGGUGGAGCUCAUGAAGGUCGCCCGUUGCUAUAAAAACGCCAAGCUGGUGUUGCGCCUCGCUACGGAUGACUCGAUGGCAACAUUGCGUCUUAGCACUAAAUUUGGGGCAACAGUGAAGACCAGCCGACUGCUCCUUGAGCGCGCACGGGAGCUGGGCCUCGACAUCAUCGGGGUUAGCUUCCACGUGGGCAGCCGCUGCACUGACCCCAAGGCCUACAGCCAGGCCAUCUCAGAUGCCCGCUGUGUCUUCGACAUGGGGGCAGAGCUGGGCUACAACAUGACCCUUCUGGACAUUGGCGGGGGAUUCCCUGGGUCUGACGACUCCAAGCUAAAGUUUGAGGAGUUCACAGCGGUUAUAAACCCAGCACUGGAUAAGCACUUUCCAGCCCAUUCUGGGGUCCGAGUAAUCGCAGAGCCAGGCCGAUAUUAUGUUACUUCAGCCUACACGCUGGCCGUCAACAUCAUCGCAAAGAAAGUGGAGAUUGAGGAGCAGUUGGCCUGUGAUGAUGAAGGUGAUGGGGCCAACAAGAGGACCUUGAUGUACUAUGUGAAUGACGGGAUCUAUGGCUCGUUCCUCGACAUCGUUUUUGGCGGCAGAUAUAAGCCAAGUCUGCACAAGAAACCAAAGCCAGAGGAGCGCAUGUACCCCUGCAGCAUCUGGGGCCAGACCUCCAGUGGGGCUGACCGCAUUGUGGAGCAGUGCAUCCUGCCGGACCUGCAGGUGGGCGAAUGGCUGCUGUUCUACAACAUGGGGGCCUACACUGUGACCGUAUCCUCCACCUUCAAUGGCUUCCCGAAGCCUGGCAUCCACUAUGUGAUGUCCCGAAGCGUGUGGCAGCACAUGCAGCAGAUCUCCGCUCAGGGGCUGCCCGCCCCCAUGGAAGUGGCCCUUCCCAGUGGUACCCCAUCCUGCGGUGGGCAGGAGAGCAGCCUGGAGCAGUUGGCCAAGCCCCGCCCCACCCUUGUGCUGUAA